UCAAGAUUCAUUAAAGGGGUUGUAGAUAAUAGAAAAAAUUGUAAUGGGUAAUCGAAAUAUGGAUGAUUUCUUGAUUCUAUAUAUUUUUGGAAUUGCAUUUAUGGGUAUGUUUUUAAGGAGUUUUGGGAGUGUUGGAGUGAACUGGGGUACAAUGGCAACUCACCAAUUACCCCCAAAUAGUGUUGUGAAGAUGUUGAUAGAAAAUGGAUUUGAUAAAGUGAAACUGUUUGAAGCAGAUGAAGUGAUUUUGAAUGCUUUAAUUGGUACUGAAAUUGAAGUAAUGCUUGCAAUUCCUAAUUAUAUGUUGGAGGAUUUGAGUUCUAAUCCUAUAAUUGCGGAUUCUUGGGUUGAAGCUAAUGUCUCUGCUUAUGCUUAUCCUCAUGGAGUCAAAAUCAGGUAUGUAGCAGUGGGAAAUGAGCCAUUUCUCCGAACGUACAACGGGACGUACCUGCAGUACAUAUUACCAGCACUGAAAAAUGUUCAAGAAGCCAUCAACAAAGCUGGAUUAGGGGCAAAGGUGAAAGCAACUAUCCCUUUCAAUGCAGACAUUUACUUCUCCCCUGAGUCAAAUCAGGUACCCUCAGCUGGUGAUUUCAGGCCAGAAGUGCGCGAUUUAACCCUCCAGAUUGUCCAAUAUCUGUAUUCGAAUGAUGCCCCUUUCGUCGUUAACAUCUAUCCAUUCCUCAGUCUAUAUGGGAACAUCUACUUCCCAUUAGACUUUGCCUUCUUUGAUGGCUCAAACAAGCCUGUCAGAGAUGGAGAUUAUGUUUACACGAACGUGUUUGAUGCCAAUUUCGAUACACUUGUAUGGUCGUUGAAGAAAGCUGGUUUCACUGACAUGAAAAUCGUAGUAGGAGAAGUAGGUUGGCCAACAGAUGGAGAUAAGAAUGCUAAUAUUGAUAACGCUAUGAGAUUUAACCAAGGAUUGAUCAAACAUUGUUUGAGUGAACAAGGAACUCCUGCAAGAAAGGGAAAGAAGAUAGAGGUUUAUUUAUUCAGCCUUAUUGAUGAGAAUGCUAAAAGCAUUGCUCCAGGUAACUUUGAGAGGCAUUGGGGAAUGUUUGAAUUCGACGGAAAGCCUAAAUACGAGCUAGAUUUAUCCGGGAGAAUGCAAAAGGAUAAAGGGUUGGUUGCAGUAGAAGGUGUAAACUAUAUGCACAAAAGGUGGUGUAUACUUAAACCAGAAAACGUGGUAACAGAUGUAGAUAAUGCAGAAGACUUACCAAAAAACAUAGAUUACGCGUGCAGUCUUUCAGAUUGCACGGCUUUGGGAUAUGGCUCGUCCUGUAACCAUCUUAGCACAGAAGGGAAUGCCUCCUAUGCUUUUAACAUGUACUAUCAGCUCAAGAAUCAGAACAGUUGGGACUGUGAUUUUGAUGGCCUGGCUGUGGUGACUGAUGAGGAUCCAUCGGACGACAAAUGCCGAUUUCCGCUGAUGAUUGCUGUUGGUCACUCCCUGGAGAUGCUGUUGCCCAAGAAGCUGUUGUAUGUCUUACUUGUUGCUAUUCUCCUCUUGAUGGAUGAUUAGUGAAUCUUGUUCCUUGUUUUUUCUCCUAGAGACAAGUC